AUUUUCCAUUACCAAACGGACCUCAUCCCGUUUAUCAUCGCAUUCGCCGCGCCAGAACACCAGCUUUGGGGUUUCGCUCGCAUCUCACUCGCUCGGCUCGAAUUUAAAUGCAAAUAUGUUGCCCCACAUGUGUCUAAAAUGGGUUCUACUUCUUCUGCUCAUCUCGAUCUCUGUCUUAGAUGUUUACAGCUCCGAUGAAAACCACGUUUGGGCAACUAAAAAGAGGCGCAUGAGAGAGAAAGUUCGUAGAAUGUUCUAUCAUGCAUAUGACAACUACAUGAACCAUGCCUUUCCGCACGACGAGCUAAAGCCUCUUACUAAAACUUUCACUGAUUCCCUUAGUGAGCUUGGAAAUUUGAGGCUUGAACACCUACCACAUGACUAUAAUGGAUCUGCCCUUACGCUAAUAGAAUCUUUGUCGAGCCUUGUUAUUAUGGGAAACAAUACAGAAUUUGAAAGGGCAAUUAUUUGGCUGUCUGAAAAUCUGAAAUUCAAUGUUGAUGCGAGGAUAAAUCUUUUUGAGUGCAACAUAAGAGUUCUUGGAGGACUUGUAUCUGCUCAUAUACUGGCAACUGAUUCUACAAACAGGCUGGUUCAAGGAGCAUAUAAGAAUCAACUGCUUAUUUUGGCUGAAGAUCUAGGGAAACGUUUGCUACCAGCUUUUGAUACACCCACAGGAUUGCCUUAUGCAUGGAUCAACUUAAAGUAUGGAGUGAUGGAGAAUGAGACCACAGAAACAAGUACUUCAGGGUGUGGUUCUCUAAUUCUUGAAAUGGGAGCAUUAUCACGGUUGACCGGUAACCCCAGAUUUGAAUCUGCUGCUUUACAUGCUCUUCGUAAGCUAUGGAGUAUGAGAAGUUCAUUAAAUUUAUUUGGAACAACACUGGAUGUGGUAACUGGGGAAUGGAUUGAACAUUCAUCUGGUAUUGGGGCUGGAGUUGAUUCAUUUUAUGAGUACCUAUUCAAAGCUCACAUUGUUUUCGGAAAGGAAGAGUUUUGGAGAAUGUUUCACUCUGCUUAUGUUGCUGUGCAGAAAUAUUUCAGACAUGGUCCAUGGUACCAUGAAGCUGAUAUGAGGACAGGAAAAGCAACUUAUUGGCAGCUUACUAGCCUUCAAGCAUUUUGGCCUGGCCUACAGGUUCUUGUUGGGGAUGUUGCAGCAGCAAAUUCAUCGCAUCGUGAGUUUUUUUAUGUUUGGGAAAAGUUUGGAGUGCUCCCUGAGAGGUAUUUAUUAGACCAUCAAAUGUUGCACCCUACGGAAAAAUAUUAUCCCUUACGCCCUGAAUUAGCAGAGUCAACUUUCCACUUAUAUCAGGCCACCAAAGAUCCAUGGUACAUAGAGGUGGGAGAAUCAAUAGUGAAUUCUCUUAAUUUAUACACAAAAGUUGAAGGAGGAUUUGCUAGUAUUAGAGAUGUGACAACUAUGCAGCAUGAGGAUCAUCAACACAGUUUCUUCCUUGCUGAAACGUGCAAGUAUUUAUAUCUUCUGUUCGAUGAUUCAUUUCUGGUUAAUCAGAACUAUAUUUUCACGACCGAGGGUCAUCCCAUACCUGUUUUAAGCGCUUGGCAUGAGAGACUUCCGGAGGCCUACAUCCCAACCAACUGGACUUUUGUGAAGAAGGAAAAGCUUGUGAGGCAGGCUAGUGCAAUGUCUAUGCAAGUAUGCCCUGCUAACACACUAGACACCGGAGGGUCUGGUAGCCAACACGUCAAGAGCGCUUGUCAUGUUGCAGAUGCUCGUAGCAACCAUAGAUGUUUAAGUGAUGAAGACUGUGGAGUUGAUUCAACCAAUUGUAGGCGAAGAUCUUGUAGCAUGGCUGGUUAUUGUGGGUUAUGGUUGUCUAUAUGACACCAAUGGUAGAACCAGAAUUUUUUUUGUUAAGUAAUAAUAGAUAAAUGAAUCAAACAUAACACUAAACAGCUGUAAUUGGCAUAUAUAUUUAUAUAUAUGUAAUCUGUUACCAAUUUCUCACUGGGAUAACAUCAAAGGGAAAAAGAGUAGGAAUAUACAUGUAUCAGAAGUUCAUUAAUAAUGCAGUUUGCUAUUUAUUAUUUAA